AUGAAUAUAGCAAGGUACAAUAGGGUUUGGAUCCCUGAUAAUGAAGAAGUUUGGCAGUCUGCAGAAAUCACAAAAAACUACAAAGCUGGAGACCGUUCUCUCCAUGUGCAAUUAGAAGAUGGAACUGAACUGAAUUACCCUGUUGAUCCAGCUGCUUUGCCACCCCUACGAAAUCCUGACAUACUUGUUGGUGAAAAUGAUCUCACUGCACUCAGUUAUCUCCAUGAACCAGCUGUUCUACACAAUCUCAAAGUUCGUUUUGUGGAGUCCAAACUUAUCUACACAUAUAGUGGAAUAAUUUUGGUUGCAAUAAACCCCUAUAAAGAGUUGCCAAUAUAUGGAGAUGCUAUUAUCCAUGCAUAUAGUGGGCAAAACAUGGGGGACAUGGAUCCACAUAUAUUUGCUGUGGCAGAAGAAGCAUACAAGCAAAUGGCAAGAAAUAACAAAAAUCAGUCUAUUAUAGUCAGCGGGGAAUCAGGAGCUGGAAAGACUGUGUCUGCAAGAUACACUAUGAGGUACUUUGCCACUGUGAGCAAGUCAAGCAGCAAUGCACAUGUGGAGGAUAAAGUAUUGGCAUCCAAUCCAAUAACUGAGGCUGUUGGCAAUGCAAAAACCACACGGAAUGAUAAUAGCAGUCGAUUUGGAAAAUACACUGAAAUCAGUUUUGAUCAGAGUUGCCAAAUCAUUGGAGCUAACAUGAGAACAUACCUCCUUGAGAAAUCCAGAGUUGUCUUUCAGUCAGAGAAUGAGAGAAACUACCAUAUAUUUUAUCAGUUGUGUGCAUCUGCUAUGCAGCCUGAAUAUAAACAUCUUAAAUUGGGAAGCGCAGAAGAAUUUAACUACACACGGAUGGGUGGCAGCACUGUAAUAGAAGGAGUUGAUGACAGAGCAAAUAUGGUGGAAACUCAGAAGACAUUUGCCUUACUGGGUCUGAAUGGGGAUUUUCAGAUGGAUGUUUUUAAAAUGCUGGCAGCAAUCCUACACUUGGGCAACGUGGAAAUAGCAGCUGCUGGAGAUGAAAGAUCAUCCAUCAGUAUGGAAGAUAAACAUCUCAGUAUAUUCUGUGAACUUCUGGAUUUAAACUGUGACAAAAUGUCCCGAUGGUUGUGCCACCGGAAGAUUAUCACAACCUCAGAGACUGUAAUAAAGCCAAUGACAAGAGCUCAGGCUGUUAAUGCAAGGGAUGCUCUGGCAAAGAAGAUCUACUCUCAUUUAUUUGACUUUAUUGUGGAAAGAAUUAACCAAGCUUUGCAGUUCUCUGGCAAGCAACAUACUUUUAUUGGUGUUUUGGACAUUUAUGGAUUUGAAACAUUUGAUGUGAACAGUUUUGAACAAUUUUGUAUCAAUUAUGCUAAUGAAAAGCUACAGCAGCAAUUUAACCUGCAUGUCUUUAAACUUGAACAAGAAGAAUAUAUGAAGGAAGAUAUCCCAUGGACUUUAAUAGACUUCUAUGACAACCAGCCUGUCAUUGACCUUAUUGAAGCUAAAAUGGGAAUUUUAGAACUUCUGGAUGAAGAGUGCUUGUUACCUCAUGGAAAAGAUGAAAACUGGCUUCAAAAGCUAUAUAAUAAUUUUGUCAGUAAAAAUGCACUCUUUGAAAAGCCGAGGAUGUCAAACACGUCUUUCAUCAUUCAACACUUUGCUGAUAAGGUAGAAUAUAAAUGUGAAGGAUUUCUGGAAAAAAACAGAGAUACAGUACAUGAAGUAUUGAUUGAAAUCUUGAAAGAGAGCAAGUUUCAUCUGUGUGCAAAUUUUUUUCAAGACAAUCCAGUGUCCGUUUCACCUUUCAGUUCAACUAUAAACAUCAAAUCUGCAAGACCUGUUCUCAAGUCACCCAACAAACAGCUCCGGACAACUGUUGGCAGUAAGUUCCGGAAUUCUUUGUCUUUGCUUAUGGUGACACUCAAUGCAACCACCCCUCAUUAUGUACGGUGCAUAAAGCCAAAUGAUGAGAAGUUGCCUUUUGAGUUUGAUUCAAAAAGAGUUACUCAGCAGCUACGAGCCUGUGGUGUUUUGGAAACUAUUCGAAUUAGUGCACAGAGCUAUCCAUCCAGGUGGACUUACAUUGAGUUUUUCAGCCGUUACAGCAUUCUUAUGACCCAGCAGGAGCUCUCCAUAAAUGACAAGAAGCAGAUUUGCAAGAUUGUUUUGCAGCGGCUAAUCCAGGAUCAUAACCAGUAUCAGUUUGGGAGAACAAAAAUUUUUUUCAGAGCAGGACAGGUUGCUUACUUAGAAAAACUGCGAUCAGAUAAACUGAGACAUGCGUGCAUCAUGAUCCAAAAGAGCAUUCGAGGCUGGCUGCAGAGGAAGAAAUACCUUCACACAAAGCAGGCAGCUGUUACCAUCCAGCAGUAUUUCCGGGGGCAGCGGACAGUACGGCAAGCUAUAACUGCAAGAAAUCUGAAGCAAACGUGGGCAGCUAUAACGAUUCAGAAAUACUGUCGGGGUUACCUGGUCCGUAGACUUUGCCAGCUCAUCCAUGUGGCUGCUGUAACAAUACAAGCUUAUACAAGAGGAUUUCUAGCAAGAAAAAAAUAUCAGAAGAUGCGUGAAGAACAGAAGGCUGUGGUCCUUCAGAAAUACGCCCGUGCGUGGCUUGCCAGGCGCAGGUUCCAGAAUAUUCGGCGCUUCGUGUUGAAUAUCCAGCUCUCAUACAGAGUGCAGCAACUGCAGAAGAAGAUAGAGGAACAGAGUAGAGAAAAUCAUGGUUUGCUGGAACGAUUGACCAAUUUGGCUUCAGCUCACAUGAGUGACACGGACACAAUUCAGAAACUCGAAGCAGAUCUUGAAAAGUUAACUGCUCAAAAGAGAACAUACGAAGAGAAAGGGAAAAAGUAUAAAGAGGACAGCGAACAGAAAAUCUUAAAACUUGAGAAUUGGAAUAAAGAAUUACAAGAACAGAAAGAGACCUUAGAAAUAAAGCUCCAAGAAAAAACUGAGGAAAUGAAAGAGAAAAUGGAUGACCUCACAAAGCAACUCUUCAGUGAUGUACAAAAAGAAGAAAAACAGCGAAUGAUACUUGAGAAAAACUUCCAAAAUCAGAAGCAGGACUAUGAAAAGGAGAUUGAAUUGCUCAAGGGAGAAAUUAAGAUUCUGAAAGAAGAAAAAACUCAGCUGCAACAUCAAAUUCAGCAAGAAAGUGUCAUUCAGGAUGGCUUGAAAAUGGAAGUAGGACAGCUUACAAAACAAGCACAGAAAAUACCUGAGUUACAAAAGGAAAUCGAGCUGCUGCAGACGCAAAAAUUGGAUGUGGAAAAGCAGGCCCACUCACAGAAGCGAGAAUUGAGGGAAAAGAUGUCAGAAAUUACAAAACAGCUUCUUGAAAGUUACGAUUUUGAAGAUGUGAGAAGCAGACUCUCUGCGGAGGAUUUGGAACACUUAAAUGAGGAUGGAGAACUGUGGUUUGCUUAUGAGGGCUUGAAAAAAGCUACAAGAGUAUUGGAAAGUCAUUUCCAGUCUCAGAAAGAAAUAUAUGAGAAGGAGAUUGAAGGUUUGAACUUUAAAGUUGAACACCUUAGUCAAGAUAUUAAUCAUCUACAAAAAUUAUUCCGGGAGGAAAAUGACAUAAAUGAUGGUAUUCGACUUGAAGUUAGCAGGCUGACUUCAGAAAACCUGGUGAUCCCAGAUCUUAAACAGCAAGUUUCUGAACUUGAAAAUCAAAAAUUAGAUCUUGAAAACCGUCUUCAAGAGCAGACUGAAAAGUUGAAAGAGAUGUCUAAUCGGCUGCAUUAUGAGCUAGAAGGGACUAGAACACAGAGACGAACUAAUGAGGCUCAGAAUGAAGUGGAGAUAAAACAAAAAGAGACUCUGAAGGGCACAACCCAAGAAACUGAGGGGCUGAGCAAUGGUUUGGUGCAAGAUGAAGUCCAGGAUGAAGUACAAAGCAAGAUAAAACAAGUGACAACUCGAUUCCAUGUGGAAAACAUGGAUCUUGAAGAAAAAUUAGACAUGAAAGAUAGAAUAAUAAAAAAAUUGGAGGAUCAGAUCAAAACUCUUACCAAAACUCUUGAGAAAGACUCUGAAGCUCAUGUGCCAACUUCGUCCAAAGAGUACAUUGGAAUGAUGGAGUACAAAAAAGAGGAUGAAGAAAGGAUCAUUCAAAAUCUGAUCCUUGAUUUAAAGCCACGUGGAGUUGUAGUUAAUAUGAUACCUGGCCUGCCAGCUCACAUCCUAUUCAUGUGUGUGAGGUAUGCAGAUUAUCUGAAUGAUGCUGACAUGCUGAAGUCUUUCAUGAAUGUAACCAUUGAUGGUAUCAAACAAGUUGUUAAGGAACAUUCAGAAGACUUUGAGAUGUUGUCCUUUUGGCUUUCCAAUACAUAUUAUUUCCUUAACUGUUUAAAACAGUACAGUGGGGAAGAGGAAUUUAUGAAGUGUAACACUCCACGUCAGAAUAAGAACUGUUUGAAGCAUUUUGAUCUCUCAGAAUACAGACAAAUUCUUAGUGAUUUGGCCAUUCGAAUAUACCACCAGUUCAUUCUUGUCAUGGAGAACAACAUUCAGGCCAUGAUUGUACCAGGCAUGCUGGAAUAUGAAAGUCUUCAGGGAAUUUCUGGCUUGAAACCUACGGGGUUCCGUAAACGUUCUUCUAGUAUAGAUGACACGGAUACCUACACAAUGACCUCUAUCUUGCAACAGCUCAGCUAUUUUUAUAGCACUAUGUGUCAGAAUGGCUUGGACUCUGAGCUUCUAAAGCAGGCAGUGAAGCAGCUUUUCUUUCUAAUUGGAGCUGUCACCCUCAAUAGUCUCUUCCUCCGCAAGGACAUGUGCUCGUGUAGAAAAGGAAUGCAGAUAAGAUGUAAUAUCAGCUACUUGGAAGAAUGGCUUAAGGACAAGAAUCUUCAAAGCAGCAAUGCCAAAGAAACUUUGGAGCCGCUAUCUCAAGCAGCCUGGCUCCUUCAGGUUAAAAAGAUCACAGAUGAUGAUGCCAAGGAAAUAUGUGAGCACUGCACAUCUCUCUCUACUGUGCAGAUAGUUAAGAUCCUCAACUCAUACACUCCGAUAGAUGACUUUGAGAAAAGAGUGACUCCAUCAUUUGUUCGUAAAGUCCAGGCUAUGCUAAACAACCGUGAGGAGGUUCCACAGUUGAUGCUUGAUACCAAGUAUCUCUUUCAAGUGACGUUUCCUUUCACCCCCUCUCCACAUGCCUUGGAAAUGAUACAAGUCCCCAGCAGCUUCAAACUUGGCUUUCUCACAAGAGUUUAG